AUGCGUUCCAAGUUCAAGGACGAGCACCCCUUCGAGAAGCGCAAGGCUGAGGCCGAGCGUAUUCGCCAGAAGUACGCCGACCGGAUCCCAGUCAUCUGCGAAAAGGUCGAGAAGUCGGAUAUUGCUACCAUCGACAAGAAGAAGUACCUCGUUCCAGCCGAUCUCACCGUCGGUCAGUUCGUCUACGUGAUCCGCAAGCGCAUCAAGCUCUCCCCGGAGAAGGCUAUCUUCAUCUUCGUCGAUGAGGUCCUGCCACCCACCGCUGCACUCAUGAGCAGCAUCUACGAAGAGCACAAGGACGAGGAUGGUUUCUUGUAUAUCACAUACUCCGGCGAGAAUACCUUUGGCGACCUUUAA